AUGAGUAGAAAAAACAUAAAUUCCAGUGUUCCUCGGGGUUCAAAUGUAGUAUUUGUCGGUAACAUUCCAUAUGAGUUGACCGAAGAUCAAUUAACUGAUAUUUUUCAGGAAGUGGGUCCUGUAGUUUCAUUCCGAUUGGUAUUUGAUAGAGAAAAUAAUAGGCCACGAGGAUAUGGUUUUUGCGAAUAUCAUGAUGCUGAAACAGCUGCAAGUGCCGUAAGAAAUCUUAAUAACGUGGAAACCUCCAAUGCUAGACAAUAG